UAAGCAGGGGAGGAGGUUUCCGUUGGAUUGUCUUCAUUGACCCUAAGCGGAAGUUAUUAACAUGGAGAAGUAUAUAUAUAUCGGAAAGUAUCUAAACAGACGCCAUGGGCGUGAUCUAGCUACCCUCUACCACCACCAACAACCAAGCUCUCAUCUGCAGCCAUGAAGCCGGGCGCCAUCGUCUCCGGCGUCGACGAGGAGCACCACCACCGCCGCCCUUGGCCGGUCGUCGUCCACCGCCGCGGCCGCGUGGCCGCCGUGCUGGCCCCGCUGCUGCUCUUCCUCGCCGCCGCGCUCUCCUUCCCCAACUCCUCCUCCCUCCUCCGCCCGCUCCCUCCCCCUUCGGCUACUCCUUCUUCUUCUUCUUCUUCUUCUUCUUCUUCUCCGACGACGGCGGCUGAUCCUGGCGGCGGGCGGGUGGCGGUGUGCUUGGUGGGCGGCGCGCGGCGGUUCGAGCUGACGGGGCCGUCGAUCGCGCGCCACGUGCUGAAGCCGCUCUCGCCGGUGGACGUGUUCCUGCACUGCCCGCUGGACGGCGACGCGUACAAGCUCUCGCUCCUCGGGCGCGGCGGGGGCAAUGGGGCGACGGUGGCCGGCGUGAGGGUGUUUACGCCGGAGCCGGUGGAGGAGACCCCGGAACGGGCACGCGUGCUCACCGCCCACAACUCGCCAAACGGCAUCCAGGGUCUUCUGCAGUACUUCCAGCUGGUGGAGGGGUGCCUGGACAUGAUCCGGGAGCGCGAAUCCCGAGGCAACUUCACCUACGCCUCGAUCCUCCGCACCCGCGUCGACGGCUUCUGGACCGCGCCGCUCGACGCCGCCGCCGCUGACGAUGACAGCAGCAACAGCAACAACAACGGCUCCUCUUACUACGUCGUCCCGGGGGGGUCGGCGUUCGGGGGCCUCAACGACCGGCUGGGCUUCGGGUCCCGCGCCGCCUCGAAUGCCGCGCUGUCGCGGGUCUCCAUGCUGCCACUCCUCGACGCUGCCGGCCGUCGGGAGCUCAACUCGGAGGCGGUGUUCCGGGCGCAGCUCAACCUCACCGGCGUCGCCGCUGUCGAGCGGCGGAUGCCCUUCUGUGUGCUCUCCGACCGCCGCUACGCGUUCCCGCCGACGGCCGGGUACGGCGUGCCCGUCGCGUCCAUCGGCAGCAAGGGCCCGCUCAGCGGGGCCAAGUGCCGCCCGUGCCGCCGCCCCGUAAGCCCUUGCCCCGCCACUGCCAGAGAUGAGGACGAUGAGGAGGAGUGUCCGGUGAUGGAUGGCCUGGAGAGAGGGUGGGGGUGGACGGAGUGGCGGCCGAGCGGGACGGUGGAACUGUGCGACGCGAGCGGGGGAUGGGAGGAAGGGUGGGAGGAGACGUUCGAUGAGGUCGCCGGUGCGGAGGCGGCAGAGGAGAGGCGGAGGGUGGCGGCGAUGGGGGUCGAGGAGUGCGUGGCAGAGAUGGAGGCGUUUCGGGCCAGGGCCUUGCAAUGGGACGCGCCGAGCCCCGACGAGAUCUGCCGUCUGGGGCUCGGCGGGUCCAAGCCGGCGUCGAACCGCCGCCUCGGCCCUUCUACUCCAUCGACAUCUUCUUCUUCUUCUUCUUCUUCUUUGGAGACAGCGGCAAAGAACAACUAGCUAGAUAAUUAAUCAUCCAUCGAGCAGUUAGCCUGACAGUUUUUUUGAACUGAUCAUUGUACAGAAUAUAUACGGAUCAUUGUACAGAAUUUAUACCGAUUUUUAGCGAUCAGUGAAGAAAUAUAUGGUCAGUAUAUACAA